UGAGCACUUUGCUUCUCAUUGCUUUCUUUUUGCUCGGUUAACGUGAUUUUGAAGUCCAAAAAUUCUGUUUCUCUCCGCAUCCACAGCCACACAGAUUUUUUUUGUGUCCGGCCACAAACCAAUGGACGCACAGCUCCGUCCACCUGGCCCGGACACGUCAGCGCGGCCAUGCCACGUCACCCAAAAAGAGGGCUCGACCAUGGCCCAAAGGCCAAAGCCCAACUGGCACCUGCCGGCCUGGCCGCACACUCUCCUCUCCUGUCUAUCCACUUUCCACUCCUUCACUGCCCUCCGUCCCCCCCUUUGCUCGCCAUGGCCAUGGCGACCUCCACCUUCUCCCCGCGUCCCGCCAGCCUCAGGCCCCUGCGGGCGGGCGGAAAGCCCGUCGGACUCCUCCCCUUCCCGCGCCGCCUCGCCUGCGCCACCGCCUCCGGGGAGGCGCCGCCCGUGGAGCAGCGGGACGAGGCGGAGCCGGCCCUUGCCGCGGCCUCCAACGGGGCCGCCGUCAAGUCCGAGGCCCCGCCGCCGCCGCCCGCGCCAGCGCCGGUCCCGGCCUUCCGGGACGCCAGGUGGGUCAACGGCACCUGGGACCUCGCCAAGUUCGACAAGGGCAGCGGCGUCGACUGGGACGCCGUCAUCGACGCCGAGGCCAGGAGAAGGAGAUGGCUCGAAGACUAUCCGGAGGCGACUAACACAGACGAGGCUGUCGUCUUCGCCACUUCCAUUAUUCCAUGGUGGGCUUGGAUGAAACGCUUCCACCUUCCCGAAGCCGAGAAGCUAAAUGGUCGCGCCGCCAUGGUCGGCUUCUUCAUGGCCUAUUUCGUGGACAGCUUGACGGGCGCGGGCCUCGUCGACCAGAUGGGCAACUUCUUCUGCAAGACGCUGCUGUUCGCCGCCGUCGCCGGCGUGCUGCUGGUCAGGAAAAACGAGGACGUCGAGUCGCUGAAGAAGCUCGUCGACGAGACCACGUUCUAUGACAGGCAGUGGCAGGCGACCUGGCAAGAUGACUCCGCUGGGGGACCAAACAACUAGUUCAGCGUUGUGGUACAAAAAAAAUGCAAAACGCUUUCUUGUUACGUAGCUUAUCUAUUUCCUCGGCCUUCUUGUUUUCCCUGUGUAGUGAGAAUUUUUUUGUUUUUGUUUUUGACAAACGCAAUGAUCUACGUCAUGUUGUAAAAUUGUAUGGAAAAUAAUUCUGCAGUUUCAGUUUUUUUUAAAAAAAAACCGAUAAUAUUCAGACA